CAGAUCUGUAUCACUAAUCACAAUAUUAAUAUUAUAACUGCUGUCACGGAUCUGCCACAAUCAUGAUUUUCGAUUUGAAAUUAAUGAAAUAUUUACCCUUCCUGACCGGUUGUAAUUUUCAUUACACUUAAGUGUUGCAGCCGACGACGGCAGUGUAUAGUACCGUGGCUUUACUAGUGACUGCCCAAUACCUAUGCGGUAGGUAAACCGCCCGUCUGUGUGUUUUGGUUUACGUGUUCGUUGUUAUACGAUUACCGACUUAGUGAAAUGGCUUGCAACCAAGACGAUUUCGUUCAGAGCAUAUUCUGUCCGCACGUAGCCGUCCUGUGUUCGGACAUGGCACUAGAGAUAUGUCGAAAAAACAAUUUGAACUUUUGCGAACUGCUGUACCCGUUCGCACUACUGACUGAUGGUAAGAAUAAUUUACUACCCAACACCCUUCAUAAUAAUUAUGUUCUAGAUGCUCGUAUAGAUUAGUUGUUAAUAAUAUGUUGUGCUUAGUAAAUUUCAAAGAUGCCAAUGGUAGCACAAUAAACGUUCCCAACCUACGGAUCGCAUUUUCCAACAUGAACAGCCAACCUUUGCCUAUAACCAAGGAAAGAAGCCGUUUAUACGAUUCUGUAAACAUUUCAACUGAAACAAACAACACUAUAGUCAAAAUUGGUGAAUUAAUCAGAUAUUGGUAUUAAUUUUCUGUUGAUUGCCAGACAUUUAUAUUAAUUUACUCUACAGGCGGACGGGAACUUACAAUACCUGAAAAUACACCAUGGUUUACAAAGUGGAGGACAACAUUUUUACAAGUUCAAAAUGUUUCAGACCAUGAAUAUACAAGACAUUUUUUAGGAUGUAUCCUUUUCAAAUUUAAAUUUACAUUUAAUUUUUUUCUAUUCUAAAACAAAUUUUUAUUGCUACUUCAAUAAAUCAGGUAUAAUGGUGAUAAGUUCUUGUGACGAAGAACAAGUCAAAGUUUUAACACAACAAGUGCAACAAUCAAUUCUGCCAAAUCAAAAUCAAUUCCCUAAAUGGUUUCACACUACAGUACUAAGAUAUUAUGUAGUUUUACAUGAGAGUUUAAAUCCAGACUUGACUGUGUAAGUACAUAAUUUUCCAUACAUUAAACUGGUGUAUAUAUAUUGUAUGACAUAAAAUUAUAAAAUCAUUCUAAUUUAUAUUUUAGAGCCAAUAAAAUUAUUGAAACAUUACAAUCAACAUACGGCCAUAGUAGUUGUCACCUUCUUAGAUUAAAUUCUUGUAAAGAUCCUAAAACGGAGUUUACUGAAGAAAUUUGGGAUUAUUUGAAUAAUUCUUAUUACUUGGAUAAUAGUAUAGACCAAAGUCAAGAUCAAAGUGGAGAAUUUGAAAAUAGUUUGAAUUCUGUAGAUAGUUCUUUAGUGCAUCCAUUAAGUCCACAUGAAUUUAACAAAAAUGUAAAUAGCGAAUUAAAAGUGGACAAUAAAAAAACGUAUGGUGCUUAUUUAGAUGAAAGUGACUUUAGUAAUAUAAAAGAGUUAAUCAAACACUUCGUUUCAAGAUCGCUUAUACCAUAUAUUGAAUCUCAAAUACAAUCAUUAAAUGAAUCGGUAUACUUAUAUAUUUAAUAAUACUAACUCAAUGUAAUUAAUUUUUAUACCUCUUAAGUAUUUAUUUUACUUUUAGGUAACAAAUAAAAAAGGUGUUAGUCGUUCGCUCCUGAGUGCCACGAAAAGAUGGUUCAGCACAAAUAAACCUACUGCCGCAGCCACUCCAGCUACAGUAGUGUCAGUGAAACAUAACAGAAAUUGUUUAAAAAAUAUAUUAACAAAAUGUUGUUUAUUUAGUUAUACUAAUGAUUCACCAGAACUUCAGACUAGGCGUUUAGCUGAUUUAUACAUGAUUUUGGGAGCCUGGUCUCUUGCUUUUCCAUUAUACCAAAGUGCAAAAAGAGAUUUCAGUGCAGAUAAUGCUUGGUUGUUGUACAGUGGUGCUAUUGAAAUGGCUGCUAUUUGUGGUUUAAUGUGUCCUAGUGUAUGCGAUACUCGAAAAGCUAUAGAAUAUGCUAAUGAGAGUAUAUUGACUUAUCUGAAUACUUGCAGGUCUAUAAUACAAAUAAUGUUUUAUUUCUUUAAGUGACUAACAGAUUAUUUUUUACUGUACAGGACUCCGCAGUUUGCCACUAGAGCUACAUUACUUUUAAGUGAAUUGCUUGUAAGUCGGGAAAUGUAUGGAGAGGCAGCAAAAAUGUUCAUUCAGAUGACGAAUGAAGACUCAGAUUUACGUAGUGCUUUACUUUUAGAACAGGCAGCAUAUGCUUUCCUAAAAUCACAAAAACCACCAAUGUUACGGAAAUAUGCUUUUCACAUGGUGCUGGCUGGACAUAGAUACUCAAAAGCGUCACAGAAAAAACAAUCGCUUAGCUGUUACCAACAAGCUUAUCAAGUAUGAUUUUCUUCAUAAUUUCAAACUCAAAACGGACUAUUUGAUAUAAUUAUUAUCAUUGUUAUAGGUAUUUGAAGAUACACAUUGGUCAUUUGCCGAAGACCAUAUACAAACUGCAAUUGGUAGACAGGCAUCAUUUCUGAAACACAUUAAACAAGCUGCUGAAGCAUACUCCAAAUUACUGGCCAGAGCUUCCAGUCAACCUCCAGAACACCAAUCUACAAUAUUAAGAGAUUAUCUUAAUAUUAAAAUGGUAUAAUAAACGGUAUUUUCUGAAUUUACAUUAUCUCCAAUGGAUUUAUUUUUACAGGAAUAUGCUGCUGAGAAAAAUGAUUCAUCGGUCAUUGAUUUAGCUUUACCACUCAUUGAUCAGAAAAAAAUCAAAGUUCUAUUGAAUGCAGACAGCAUUAUCACUAAAGAACAUUGUUUUGAUGAAGACUUGUUGGACACUAGGUGGUAUAAAAUGGAAGAAGAUUUGAUUACAGAGGCUCGAGGAAUACCUCCAUUAAUAUUUAAACCGACUUUUGCCUUUUAUGGUAGUAAUGAUACAAUUAAACAACUAUUGUAUGAAAAUGGUAAGAUCAUUUUUUCUAGUUUUUGGACUUAACAAUUUACAGUUGUCAUACUUACAGAAUUGGUACAAGUACAAAUGACAUUAUCAAAUCCUUUAAACAUAUCAUUGUGUAUUGAAAAUUUAUCAUUGACAUACUUUUUUGAUAAAGGGUUAUCUUUAGUAGAACCUCAAGUGUUAGAUGAACUUUUAUUAGCACCUUCAAGUACAACUCAAGUAACUUACAUUAAUCCAAAAAAAACAUUUUAGAAUAUUAUUAUAAAACCUCUUUUUUUUAUUAUUUUGAAGGUUAUUCUUGGUUUGAAAACUAGAAGUAUUGGGAAUCUAACUGUAACUGGUGUUCAAUUUAGCUUAGUGAUUCCAUCUGUUAUGAGUGACGACACAGUCAAACGAAUAAUUAAUGGUUGGCAAAGUUUUGAAAAGUUGAGUUCUAUGCAAUUUAAUGUUCAACCACAAACUUCUUCUUUAAAGGUAGUUCAUAAUUAAUUUACAAGUAUUUAGCUUGGAUAUUACUAUAGGGAAAAUAAAUCAAUUUGUAGAACAUAAGUUAAAAAUGUUUCUUCCUGUAACAUUCAAAUUUGUAUAAGAAAUAAUUAAUUUGUUUAUUCAUAAUUAUAAUGUUAUAAUUAUGUAGUUAAGUCUGUAAUCUAUACAUAUUUCAGAAUAUAAUAUAAUUGAAAUAUUAAUAACAAUUACUACAUUUUUUUAAAUUAGUAAUUUGUAAAUAAAUAUUUUUGACUUAAAAAGUUGAUCACAAUAAUUUACAAAACAUAUUAUAAAUUAUUAUAUUAGCAAAAUGUGUAGAGUAAUUACACAAAUAUAUAAAGGUGAACACAUUUUAAGUCAGUAUAUUUUAAAUGUAUAAUUAAACUAACUUAAUUCACAAAUAAAUUUUUCUUACUCAAAAUGCUAGUCAUGAACUAGUAAUUGUUUUAUUAAAAUUAAUUUUGUUAUUAUUUGCCAAAUAUUAACAGCCAAAGUAAUCAUACUAUGUUUUAUGUAACAUUUUAUUUAUUUUUAUAACAAAUUCCAUUCAAUGCAAAAUGAUUAUUGUUCAUUUAUUAUUUUUUUUUUUUUACAGUAAAAAUGUCUCAUUUUUUUAUUACAAUAAUAGUUUAACUUCACUAGCUAAUAUUAAAAUUAUUUAAUAUAAAUUAAUACAUAAUUAUAAAUUUGUACUGUACUUCGCUCUACGAGAGACUGCACCUCCAUUGCACAUCACUAUUGGUGCUCAUUGUGUUGUUAUAGUUAGAUUUUAUGAUGGGGCAUGCGCAAAAAUAUACACUUUAUGAUCGCCUUUCUGGGUGAAGUCUCUUGUGGUGCAAAGUAUAUAAGUAAAUUUACUUUAAAAAAAAAUUAUUUUCUCCUUGUAAAUUAAUACAACUGACUUCACUAUUCUAAUAAUACUAUUUUAAUAAUUUUUAAUUAUCCAUGAUUAUUGUUAAAAGAUUUUACCAUUUCAUUUUCAUGAUUUUAGGUUGAUUUUGUGGGAAAUCAAGUGAACACGUUGAUUGGUGAAAUGAAUGUCUUGCAUUUAACAUUGGAAAAUAAUGGUGCUCUACCAUUGCAUAAAAUAUUUGUUUCAACUUCAAUAGAAGAUUCAUUUUUCUCAGAAUCUAGUCAUUCUUGUAAAAACAAAAAAGUUCGAAGUUUAUCAUUUAAAAUGCCACCAAAUUCAAAAAAAACUGUGGAAUUUUGCUUUAAUAGCCCUGAUACUGAAACAUUUACUUUAGAUUUGUUAUUUUAUUAUGAAUCUCAAAUUGAAACUAAAAAACAAGAAUAUAAAUUAUGCAGGGCUAGCUGGGUGAUGACAGCCAAACCUUGUGUUAGAUUAUCAGCAUCUGCAUUACUUGCAAACCAGAAUAGUGAAACACUCAAUCUUAAAACAAUUGUUCAUAAUUUAUAUAAAGUAAUAUUUAAAUUUAAAAAUUCCAUUCUUACCUAAUAAUUUUUUUUUUCUGUUUAUUUUACAAUAAAUUAUUUCAGGGAAAUGAAGUCGAGCAAGUAAAAUUAAAGCAAGUAUUCUUGUAUAGUCCAGAAUGGAAACUAUCAAAAAAAAUUUACCCUCGAGGAAAUAUAAAAGAUUUGGAUCAACAACAAUCGUGUCAUCUAUUCUUACAAGCUUGCCGAACAAAUGAAAACAAUAGUAUCUCUAAAAUUAAUUUUGAUAAUGAACAGUUUGCAAAUGAUGACAUGUGUGUGAAGUUUGUAUCAAUAACCAAAUCUUCAAAAGAAAGUAAAAUACCAAAAUUUGAUAGACAUAAGGUUCACACAGAAGUAUUAAAAUGUAUCGAUCUCGUUUUAGCCAUUUUAUGGCAGGUAAUUUGAUAUUAUGAUCUUUACUUUGAUAGUUUUAUUUUAUAAUCUACUAUUCUGUUAUAUGUUUAGGUUAUAAUCAAAGAUCAUUCAAAUCAAUUGAGAAUUAUUUGUGGCAUUCACAGGGUUUCUUUGACCAAAUUAAAUUCAACUGUUGCUUGGCCUGAAUUUGGAAGCUUAGAUUCAAUGAAAAAUAUUUCCAAGCCCAUAGGAAGGUUAAAAAUAUUUGGACCUGAUCGUAAUAUACAUCCAUAUGAUGGGACACCUUUACUUAAUGAUACAAUAGGAUUAUUAGAAUCGCCCAUGAAUCGGUUGCUCAACAUUGCUUUAUCACAUCCUAGUACUAUUACACAUUCCUUUAUUAAUAAUAAGUAAGAUUCACAUAUUUUAUUGUUUUUAAAUAUUUAUAAUGUUUUUAUAUAAUGUGCAUUGUUAUAAUUUUAAACCAAUAUCGUUCUCAUUUAUAGAAUGUGCAUUGUAUCGGUACUUAUUAUACUUAAAAACUGUGUGGAGUAUAUAAUUGAAGUUAAAAUUGAUACGGAUAUUGGAAAUUCAAAGUAAGUAAAUUUACUAUUUAGUUGUAUUUUUUCGUCUUUAAAAUUAAUAUAUGUAUAAAUUAUAAAAAUAAGAUCUUGGCUGCUGACUUGUUCUUACUGACUUUGUUAUAAUUAUCGGCCAAAAGUAAAAAAAUUAUUAAUAUUAAUUUAACCGGGUAUUUUUAAUUUUAAUAAAUACUGUGGACGCCUUUUCAAAGACUCAUGGGUAUAAGAUUCAGUCCCUUAUAAGACUCAAAAUCACUUGGAACAGUCCAGACAUAUUCUUUCCCCACUUCAUCUAUAAGGUUCAUUCGGUUAUAAGACUCACUUUGUACUGGUUCCAAAGUGCGUCCUAUAAGUGGUGCCCACUUUACUUGAUUGCAAUGUUAUAUUGUGAAUAAAAUCAUAUUUUUUGUAAGUCAUAAUUUCAAAUAUCUAUUGAAUCUUACUUACAUGUUUAGUAACUAUAGUAUUCUAUGCUCCAAAGCGCAAAAUAUAAUACAAUGCUUGUAGAUAUUAAAAAUAUUUUUCAAUUUUGUGUAAUAAUGUAUCGUAAGUUAAAAAAAAAAAUAAAGAAUUAUUGAAGAGUUUUGAAAAUCUUAAUUUCAAUAAUCUGCAGAUAUAUAUAUAAGUAAAUCAAUCAAUCAACAAAAAGUUAAAUCUUAUAUGAUGAUUGCUUAAUUGAACAAUUAAGCAAUAUGAUUAUUUAAAAUUAUUGUAUAUCAAUGUAUUUUUUAAAUUAAUUAUUUUAUAUUCUAUUUCUGUUAAUUCAUUUUUUUUUUCAUUUAGGUCGGAUGUAGACAAUCAACAUUUUUGUUGGAUUGGAGUGACUAGUCCAAAGCCAUUUUUAUUGCCAGUGUCAGCAACUCGUACAAUUCACUUAUACGCUGCAGUUGCAUCUCAAGGAUGCUAUAAAACUACGUCCAAACUAAGUGUACUAGCACGACCACAUCCACCUGCUCAACAUGCAUUCCUAACCCAAAUUGUUUCAUCUUCUUCUUUGUUAGUCAUUAAAGACCCUAAAUCAGAAGUAACCAGUUAAUUGUUACAACACUUCACUUAGGUCUUAACUAUAUAUGUUUUAUUUUUCAUAAAAACAAACAAAUUUAUACAUAAUUUAUAAUACAUAUAUAUAUAUAUACAAAUAUCAUUCAUAGAUAUAUU